GAUUCAGUGAUUCAGUGCAGUCGCUGCCUCUGUGUGAUGUCGGUUAAACAGAUGAAGAAUUCACUGGUACAAUUACAACUGUGCUGAUUACUGGAAAUAAAACCAGUUUAUUCCCUAAAGUGACUAAGGAAACAGAGAUGGGAAUAUCCACUAUAGGCACGAGCUAACCGAACAAACUCUCAGAUCCGGACCCGCCAGGUUCUUCUGUGAUGAAGAGGAGCGGCGGGUCUGAGGUGAAGAGCAGCCGGGGAGCGGCUGUAGUUUCCGGGCUGCUCUGCGGUGACACCGCGGCUCCGUGUCUGUCCUGACACUCGGGAAUGACGGAUGUUAUUUAGUGAAAGCCAAAAUGGCGUGGCUGACUGCAAGGGCGCGAGGGUGCACGGCGUGCGCGAGCCAAGACAUGUGGGCGGGAAAAUGCUGCUGCGCCUCUACUCGGGUCUUUCCGGCAGCCUCCGAAAGGGGCUGAACACGCGCGGCGCUGCCGAGGGAAGAAGCAGCAGCAGCCGGAGACACAGAGCUCGAUCAGCCGCGGGAACAGCCGAGCGACCGCGGGGCCGAUUUUUCCCAGUUUUCCGUCGGGGAGACAGGGGAGACAGGGCAGGGGGGUGGGCUGGGGGCUCGGGUACAGAAGAAUGAGACAGCCCUCUUAUCGGAGGGGGCGAAAACAUGAACGGGGCCGUGUACAUUUCGUUUUUCCAGGGCCAGCUGGAGUCCGUGCUGGAGCAGGUCGUUCAGCUCGCCGUCCAGGAAAUAAGCAAAACGGUGGGCUCCAGCCUGAACGCGCUGCUGCUGGAAACGGCCGUGAAGGAGCAAGAAAACCGCCGGCUGCGGCUCCAACUGCAGUCGCGGGAGAACCGGGGCCGAGCUAACGCCAGCGCCUCAGACGGCGGCGGCUCCCCGGCGGCCGGUAGGAACAAGGCGGCGGGCGACGAGAGGGCGGACAGCAGCAGGACAAAGCCCGAGCAGCAGCAGCAGCAGCAGCGGCUCCACGCCCCCGGAGGACACGGCACCGAGCACGGCUUACCUACCGACACACGCCGCCUGGAGCAGAGGGGACGAGUCGUGGACCAGCUGAAGUCGGUCAUGGAGCAGGUCCUGGACUUCGCGGUGCGUGAGCUGACAAAGAUCGUGGAGGCUUCGUUUGAUGACCUCCUGCUGGAGAUCACCAAGAUGGAGAGAGAGCAGCAGGUCCUGGAGGAGAGGCUGGGCAAGAGCUCCGACAGAGGGGGAGGAGAGAAGGCGAGAGGAGGAGGAGCUGGGGGGAGGAGGAGAGGAUCAGAAAACGACUCGGCGUCACCCAGUGGCUCAGACGACGCCCGGGAGGAGCUGUCUGAGGUCACGGUGUCCAAGAAGACGGCAGAGACGGAGGACCCGGAGCGCCCCCCCGUCCUCUCGGUGUCUCAGGACUGGGUUCCGAUCCUGGACAAGGUGUUUGGUCAGAAGUGGUGCAGUGACGUCUGGCAGAUCAAAGAGCUUGCUGGGGGAGGAGGAGGAGGAGGUGGUGGGGGUGGGGGUGGGAGGGGUGAGGGUGGGGUGGAGCAGGUGCAGCCUCUCUCAGCCCCCUCAGUGACCCUGGAGCCCUCCCCCUCAUCCCCCCAGCAGGACCCCCGCUGGACUCCUCUGGAGGACAUGGAGGUGUUUUCUCCUGACGACGAUGCCGCAGACGGUCAGAGGAGCGGCGGGGGAGGGGGCACCGCCACCAGACCCUCACCUGGACCCCCCCUCAGCCCCACAGGGUCAUCAGGUCGUCGUUCUUCGGCCUCGAUGCUUCACCGUCUCCUGACUCUGCCGUCUCAGCUGCUGGAGGACGACGACGAGGACGCCGCUGCCAAGGAGACGCUGGUCGCCCUGGCGACCGAUGGCACUAACAACUGCCGAGACGGCGUCGAGCCGCUGGGCCGCACCUGCCCGUCACCCCGGACAACCAGGGGGGAGGAGGAGGAGGAAGAGGAGGAGGAGGAAGGGGACAAAGGGAGGAAGAAGAAGAGGCGGAGGGUGUGGUCGGAGUGUGAGGAGUGUGGGCGGAGGUUCAGCCGGAUGUCUCUGCUGAAGGCUCACCGUCAGACCCACAUCGCAGAGAAUACCGCCGCCGACACCGCGUCCCCCUCGUCUCCGCCCGGCGCCGCCCCCUCAGCGCUGCGCUGCUCCGAGUGCGGAAAGAGGUUCUCCUCGGCGAUCCGCCUCCACAGCCACGUGCGGACCGAGCACGCCGGGGACCGGUCCUGAACCCGCCGAGGUCUCCUGGGCUCAACUGGAAACAGAAACAGGAUCAUCACAAACGGAUCAACAACAGCUGAGAAGAACCAGAGGAGGAGCCACAGACCGGAGACCAGAUCAGAACCAGAGCUCAGACUCUCCUGCUGUCAUGUGACCUUCAAGCUCCCAGAACGAUCCAGAACCAUCAGCUGAAGACGGUACAGAACCACAGAGAGGGACCGGAUCUAGAUCCUCAUAGAAUGCCAACAGUGAUAUUUACAACAACUCAUAUCAACUGAAGUCAUCAUUCAUUGAUCUGGCUUUUAUCGUCAUCAAUAAUUUUAUAGAUUAAUAUUGUUUUUGCUCAGGUUUAUUGUUAUUAUUGUUAUUUGUCUUCUGCUGUGAGCUGGAAUGAGCUGGAAACAUGAAAAUCGGCCCAAUGACUCGAAAUGAUUUUCAUUUCCUGCCGGAGCAGUCUGAGCCCAAUCGGCCACAUGGGGGCGCUGUAAUUACGGCUUGAAAAUGCAAUAUUCAAAAGGCCACGCCCCCUCACAACUUUAGUCUGAUCGACCUGAAAUUUGACACUCAAGUCCAGCUCCACAUGGUCUAAAUGUACAUCUGUGAUGAUGGACUUUUAGCUAAAUUGUAUAAUUGGCUCAAACUUUGCUGCCUCUCUCCCAAGAGGAUAAAAUAAUAACCACAAUAAAAGUCUGUGAAUGUGACGUAAACAUCUGGAUCAGAAUUAGAACAAACAGUUUAAA